AUUGAUGUGUCACCACCAUCUUUGUUGCUACCAGACCUAGCUAACUAUUCUGAUCACACUUACUCUUAACUCUCUUUUCUUUAAGAAUAGGCAAACAGUUUUAUUUCAUUAUUUAGGACCAGAAGUCAAGGUGUUAUACAGGGGAAGAAAUUACCAUUAAUUAAACAGCCUCUUUGCACCCGUUACUUGGUAUCUCUCUACCUUCCAUACCAAACCAUGCAUGUAUUAGGUCCUCUUUAGUGACUUCUAAGGUUUCGUAUGGACAGUUAUUUUGCAUUGUAUUCAAGUCCCCUAUCCCUUCCCCAUUUUUUAACCCUGAGAUACAACCAAGCCAGUGAAAUAUGUAACCUAUGGUUGCAUAAGGCUUGGUCAUCACCAAGCUGGCGUCUCACCUGUCCUCAUACUGUAUGGUGGCCUGCAGAGCUGGUUCCUCACGGAAUUUGCCCCUUCUGGAAACAUCCACACUACCACAAGGAGAGAAAAAUACCAGGAUAGAGAGGUCUUUUUUUAGCCCAAGAUUAGAAUUAGCGCUUCCUUGCCACCCUGAGGCUGGACAGCCAAAUGGGCACCUUCUGUCCCUAGUUUGGGAGCUGUUCCACCUGUUGAAGCCACACUCAACCAAAGGUUAGUGGGGGCCUACUUGCUUUGUUGGAUCAGUGAGACCAGGAAAGUCCUAUCAGAGGAAAAGUGAAGUAUUGGUGUUCAAUGGAGUAGUUGACUUGUUUUUAAUGUCCCUAUACCACAGAGUGACGCUGCAAGCUCUUGUUUUUCAUGUCCCUAUACCACAGAUAGAGUGACGCUGCAAGCUCAGAAUGACAGUCUUGCUGUUUAGGUCUUGCUCUGCUAUUAGGUCCCAACUGUCCGCAUUUAGGCUGAGCCACAAGUAACUCAGUGAACCUCCCUGGUAUAAUGGAUGUGUAAUGGCUUGGCAGAGGGACAGGGAAUAUCCCAGGAAGGGGUCUUGGUAAUAUGAGCCAGUACCAAGAAAGGCCUUAGUGGUCUCCAGUGCUCACCUCUCAAAGCCAUUUCCGUCCUUGGUGAGAAACGGUGGGACUGGAUCAGGGUCUUUGGAGGAAGACAUCUUCAAUGGAGCAGGAUAAAGUUCUCUACACAAGCUUUGAAACAGUGGCCUGUUCGGAAUUAACGCAAAAAGCGCGGUCUGGGUCUCCUUUCAUUCUUGUCAGGAGGGAGUCAUUCCCGUUUUACAGAGAAGGAAAACGGGUUCAGAAAGACGAUGACCUAUUCCGGGGUUAGAACCCAAUCCCCUGCGUCCUUUCCUCGGCCAAGUCCCGGCCCUUUUAAAACGCGGAGUUUUGAGAGCUCCAUUCAAGUGCGCGCAGCCCUGCUCAAGUCCAGGUUGAAGGCUUUUCCCGCCUUCCAGGGCGGGGUCAGAGGUGUCCCCACCUGUAGCUUUUAGAUCCCCAAGUGCUCGCAGGUGGGGAGCGGGCCCAGGAGGGAUCCCGGGGAGGGGCGUCCGAGCGCGCCCACGAUUGGUGCGCAGGGACCCGGGGGCGGUAAAGGGAAGGGGCUGGCCCGCGCCCGGCAAGGAGGGCUCCCGCCCGCGUGAGCGCGGGGCCGCUGGGUGACCCGGCUCCUGCUUGCCCCGCAGCCCCGGCCCCCUGCCCACCAUGAACGCCAGCGGCUCGGGCUACCCGCUCGCCUCGCUCUACGUGGGCGAUCUGCACCCCGACGUGACCGAGGCCAUGCUCUAUGAGAAGUUCUCUCCCGCCGGCCCCAUCCUGUCCAUCCGCGUGUGCCGCGAUGUGGCCACCCGGCGCUCGCUGGGCUACGCCUACAUCAACUUCCAGCAACCCGCGGACGCGGAGCGGGCACUGGACACAAUGAACUUUGAAAUGCUCAAAGGCCAGCCUAUUCGCAUCAUGUGGUCCCAGCGAGACCCAGGACUUCGCAAGUCAGGUGUGGGCAACAUCUUCAUCAAGAACCUGGAGGACUCCAUUGACAACAAGGCUUUAUAUGAUACCUUCUCCACCUUUGGGAACAUCCUCUCCUGCAAGGUGGUGUGUGACGAGCAUGGCUCCCGGGGUUUCGGCUUUGUCCAUUUUGAGACCCAUGAGGCCGCACAGCAGGCCAUCAACACCAUGAACGGGAUGCUGCUGAAUGACCGCAAAGUCUUUGUGGGCCACUUCAAGUCUCGACGGGAGCGGGAGGCGGAGCUGGGGGCGCGGGCCCUGGAGUUCACCAACAUCUACGUGAAGAACCUCCCGGUGGAUGUGGACGAGCAAGGCCUGCAGGAACUCUUCUCCCAGUUUGGGAAGAUGUUGAGUGUGAAGGUGAUGAGGGACAACAGCGGUCACUCACGGUGCUUUGGCUUUGUCAACUUUGAGAAGCAUGAGGAAGCCCAGAAGGCUGUGGUGCAUAUGAACGGGAAGGAGGUGAGCGGGCGGCUGCUGUAUGCGGGCCGGGCCCAAAAGCGCCUGGAGCGGCAGAAUGAACUGAAGCGCAGGUUUGAGCAGAUGAAGCAGGACCGGCUGAGGCGCUACCAGGGUGUAAACUUGUACGUGAAGAACCUGGACGACUCCAUUGAUGACGACAAACUGAGAAAAGAGUUCUCUCCCUAUGGAGUAAUUACCAGUGCGAAGGUGAUGACAGAGGGUGGCCACAGCAAGGGGUUUGGCUUUGUGUGUUUUUCCUCCCCAGAAGAGGCAACAAAGGCCGUGACAGAGAUGAAUGGGCGCAUCGUGGGCACCAAGCCACUCUACGUGGCACUGGCCCAGCGCAAAGAGGAGCGGAAGGCCAUCUUGACCAACCAGUACAUGCAACGCCUCUCCACCAUGCGGACCCUGAGCAACCCCCUCCUGGGCUCCUUUCAGCAGCCCUCCAGCUACUUCCUGCCUGCCGUGCCCCAGCCUCCAGCCCAGGCUGCAUACUAUGGCUGUGGCCCGGUGACACCCACCCAGCCUGCUCCCAGGUGGACGUCCCAGCCACCUAGACCUUCCUCUGCCUACCCUCCAGGUGCCUCGAUGGUCCGGCCACCAGUCGUGCCUCGUCGCCCCCCGGCCCACAUCAGCAGUGUCAGGCAGGCCUCCACCCAGGUGCCACGCAUGGUGCCUCAUACCCAGAGAGUAGCCAACAUUGGUACUCAGACCACAGGACCCAGUGGCAUAGGAUGCUGUACACCAGGCCGGCCUCUCCUGCCGUAUAAAUGUUCCUCAGCAGCACAUAGCACCUAUCGGGUCCAGGAGCCGGCUGUGCACGUCCCGGGACAGGAGCCCCUGACCGCAUCCAUGCUGGCUGCGGCACCCCUGCAUGAGCAAAAACAGAUGAUUGGGGAGCGUCUCUACCCUCUUAUCCAUGAUGUCCACACCCAGCUGGCCGGCAAGAUCACGGGCAUGCUGCUGGAGAUUGACAACUCAGAGCUGUUACUCAUGCUGGAGUCUCCAGAGUCCCUCCAUGCCAAGAUAGAUGAGGCAGUGGCCGUGCUGCAGGCACACCAGGCAAUGGAGCAGCCGAAGGCGUACAUGCACUGAAACCAGUGUUCUGUCUCCACAAAUGGCCCCACCAUUCUGUUGCAAACGCCAAAAUCGGAGGGUUUCCCUAGCCCUGCUGCCAUACCACUUUCUCUCCUCCCAUCUUCCAGAGAAAAUCCACCAACAUGACCUCCUACCAAAUCGAAAUCCACUUCCACUACCUAGUGGAAUAAAUCCAAUAAUUUGAGCUAAGCUCAACCCCUGUACUACCUUCUGCCGAUUAACUGCAUCUACCCUAGCCCUCCCGCAGUCUGUCCUCCACCAUGCAGUCCUAAGGCUUCAAAAUGCCUCUCUAAUGUCUCAUCCUUGCAUAAAUCCUGCAGUAGCUUCCCACUAUUAGAAUAAGGACCACUUUACAUAGCCUAGGAGUCCCCGCAUGAUCUGCUCUCUGCCCUGUCAUUCCCACGUAACAGUGUUUUACCUUCUCCGGGAGUGGGGUAGAAUUCCAUCACAACCUUUAAGACAGUCAUAUUGAUAGCUGUGUGUCCCUCUCCUAGAAACAUUAACCUAUGAGAAGCGGAAGUUUUAUUCCUCAAAGCCUCUCUGGAAAAGGCUGAAUGAUGUUAACUUUCAAAGAUGAGUGAUGGGCAUGAGGAAGCUUAUCACGUUGUGUUCAUCAGAAAUUUCUGAAGUACAAAACGAGUAGCCUCUUUGGGUUGUGCCGGCCCUACCCUCUGUGUCUUUACUAGCAAAUCAAGUUGCUUGCCUUCUAGAGCUCAGGAUGAUAUAAAUCAGUUGUGACUGGAUGUCAUGAAACCUACCUCACAUCAGUCCUGCCUGCUUAUGAGGCAAUAAAGGGGUACGGUGCCUCACUCUGAAACUGUCCCUUGACUGUGCCGAUGGGGUUUGUCUAAUUCUGCUUCAGCCUGGGUGUCUGAUGGCUCAGACAAGACUCAUCAAGAGAGCUCAGAGGUGGUGUGCUUAACACCGAAUGCUGCUUAGCACUGUGUGAUGGGAGCCAAGGGAUGAUCAGACCCCUUUGUCUGCUCUGCUCUGUGGAAUCCUAAAACUCCACUUCCAUAAGGUGAAAACCAGCCCAGGAAAGGGAGGCAGCCCUUGAUGCUAGCUAGAUCGUAAAGCACUCUCCAGCCUCACCCCAUACCAUGUUUUGUGAAUUUCAUCGGCCCUUUUAGGUCCCUGUACUCACUGGCCGUGCUCCCAAUGAGGGCCUUAUGCAUGCCAUUCUGUCCACGGUGCUUUCCCUCCCCUCUUCACUAGUUAACCUCCCUGUUUGGAACUCAAUUCCAGCUUUACUUACUCAGGGACCCCCUUACCUCCACUGCAUCAAAUUUCCCCUUUUGGGCAGGGAAAUCACUGACGACUACUUCACGACACUCAGGCAAGCUGCAAUUUUACAUGUAUGGUAACUUCUUGGCUUCCCACUGGACUACCAGCCCUCUGAGAGCAGGGGCUGUGUCUGUUCACUGCUGUCUCCCUAGCACUAUUCACAGUGCCUGGCCCAUGCAGACAUGUCAAUAAAUUUGUUCAGCAAAUGAAUGAAUGCCCAGUAAGCAAUAAGCUUUUAUUAUUACUACAAAGUUCCAGGUGCAAAGCUGAAAAGGCAUAAAUGAAAGCACAGCAGACACUGAUGUAGAAGAAAGCCUUUUAAUGCAACAGCUUAAACACACAAUUCAACAAAAUCAGUCAGUUCAAAUUAACUUCAACAUAUUACAAAGAACUAUGAAGACCGGAGAAGGCCACUGUUGGAGCAAAAAGCCAAGUCCCUGCCCAGAAAGCAGGACACUGACCAAGGAGGCCUCUCUCCCACUCCCACCUUGAGGAGGAACGGCCACAAUCACUGGGCUCUUUCAUCAGCCUAGAUGCCUCUCUGCGGAAGGCAGCAGCACAGAGUCAAGGACAGCUGUCCAAGGGUCAGGGCUCCGCCUUCCCACCAAAGCAGGGCCUGAACAGAAGGCACUGGGGCUCAGACACAGGAAACUGUGCAAGGAAAGGACAGGACAGGGCAGGGACAGCAACUGUACACCUGGAGAGACUGCAGCCCUGGAGAACCAGCUCAACAGGCUGCUUUGGAUCAGGGCCUUAGGUUUAUCCCUCUCCUUCCACCCCUGCCCAGGAGCUCAGGUUGUUCAGAUGAACUGCAGUGAGGUGGCGUCUGGGGAAGCCACAAGGGCAGCACUCAGUCUGCAGCACACUUGGGCAGGACAAAGCCAAAUGCUUUGCUGAUGAGGAUCUGUUGGUGUGGUCAGCUAGCUGGGUCAGGGGAAUGGAGACAGGGCUUCAGCUUCACGCUUAGCCCUAGUGGGGACCUUUCUGGAGCAACCACCAUGUCUGUGUUUGACUACACUGAGCUUAAUUUGAACAAGCAACGCCUCUUACAGGGUGGAAGGCCAUCAAGGGGCUGAGGAGGGGCCUUCAGAGCUCACUUGGGGCAUGCUAGGUUUCAGGAGCGGGCACAGAGCAGGUGGCCCGUGGCUUCUCUGGGUAAGGUCAGGCAGGGGUUCCGGCUGCCCUGUUGGGAUUUUAGUGUAGGUUCUGCUUCACUUCCUGCCACAACUUCUGUGCAGGACCAUUCCUAGGCUCAAUCUGUAGGAGGUUGCUGAUGUCUGCAAAGCUGGAUUUAUAGUCCUAAUAAAGAAAAGACAGGAGUGUGGGGAAGGUUCCUGGACUGGGGUGGGGAUAGCUGCUGAGGCAGCAAAGUGUUUGCAAACCCCAGCCCACAGGCCUGCUCUAAGUUAUCCUGGGCUCAGGAUGAGAAGUAAAAGCUGCAGAUAUUGCCUCAGCUUGGCUACACCCUAUAAACGGUGGCACUGGCAUAAAUCUCUGUAGCUAUGUUGGGACCUUUUAGCCAGGAUUUUUUUUUUUUUUUUUUUACCUUGAGUGCUUUGUGGGCUUGAGCCCGUCUGUAGAAUGCCUUCACGUUCUUUCCAUCCAGCUUGAGGGCUUCUGUGCAGUCCUUCACUGCUUCCGUGUACUGCUUCAGGACCAAAUAGCAGAGCGCUCUGAAGGGGAAAGACCAUUUUGGAGGUUUCAGUCACUUCUUAUGGGCCACCCACAUGCCGUGGAGUAGUUUGAGAAGUGAUCUCCAAUUUGCUGAACACCUACUCUGUGCUGGCUACUUUAUGUCUUCUUAAAUCCUCACAACAAUCCUAACCUUUUUCACAGAUGAAACGUGCUGGCUCAGAAGGGUAAACAAACUUGGGCCAGGUACCGCCAGUACUGAGGGGCAGACCCAGGAUUCAAAUAGGCAGGGGGUUCGUUCACGGGACUCCAGAUCUUGAUCUCAUCUAAUUAUAUCAUGCUGUACUGCACUCUCCUAUACUGAGCUCUUUCAAGCAAAGAAAAGGUUUCCUGAAACCUUUCCCUUGACAGAUUAAAAAAUUAUGUACUUUAAGGAAAAAAAAAAAACAAAAAACAACUACUGAACUCUAAUAUAUAAUGCUGACAUGGGGUGAAAUGUAAAGACAUUUGCAAUUUACUUUGAAGUGCAUCAAAGACAAUAAUAUAGACCAACAGAUGGCUAAACAGUGAUUAGGCAAUGUAACAAUACUAAUUGGAGAAUUUAGAUGGUAGGUAUAUGAGUGUUCAAUGUACAAAUCUUUCAACUUUCCUAUAUUUUGAACAUUUUCAUAAUAAAAUGUUGGAAAAAAGUCAUGUGCAUCCAUACAACAAUAUAUUCUGCAUCUGUGGGUUAAAAAAAGUGCAUGUGUAUGUGUAUCUUCCUCAUUCAGAUCUAGUCCUUCUCUCCAAACACGGUCACUAAAAACAAAACAGUCAGAUGUCUGGGCGCUCAUUACAUAAGUUCAUCUGUUCCACCUCACUGUUUUCAGUGGGUGCAGGUAUUCAUUAACUUGGAUGUAGCAUAAUUUGUUUUACCAAUUUCCUAUUGAGAGGUAUUUUUCAUUGUUUACAGUUUGUAAAUAAAUGAUGCCGUGAUGAACAUCCUUGUGCAAGGGACUGCUGUAUCCAAAGAUACAUGCAUUUUAAAACCUGAUUGGCCAGGUGCGGUGGCUCAUGCUUAUAAUCCCAGCACUUUGGGAGGCCAAGGUGCGAAGAUCACUUGAGCCCAGGAGUUCGAGAUCAGCCUGGGCAACAUAGGGAGACCCCAUCUCUUA